GCUUCCUCGCGGUCCCGCCAUCUGCUGAGUCGAAAACUGUGUGGAAGAUUGUAGCGAAUUUUUACAAUAGAAAUCAUCUUUAAGCGAUCAUGAGUGAUCUUGAUGAUAGAGAUGGUUCCGAAGAAAAGGAUGUAAGUGACAGAGAUGACGAGCAAGGUGCUGACUACAAUGGUGCAGGCUCAAGAUCAGCUUCACGCUCCAGAUCUCGCUCCAAGUCUCGUUCAAGAUCUCAUUCAAGAUCCCGCUCAGCAUCUCGGUCUCGAUCAAGAUCACGUUCUGGGUCACGUUACUCAAGAGAUCGAUCAAGGUCACGAAGUAGGAGCCGUUCACGUCGUAGACGCCGCUCACCUUCCCGCAGCAGGUCAAGGUCCCGUUCACACACAAGGAAAAGGAGAAAGUCCAGAUCUCACUCUCGCAGCCCCUAUCACUACAGACACAAAAGAUCAAGGAGUGUUUCACCUCUCUCUUCAAGGAAGCGUCAUGUUGGAAGCCGGGAUAACCCAGAAGCCAGUAACUGUCUUGGAAUUUUUGGAUUAAGCUUGUACACUACUGAAAGAGAUUUGCGACAGUACUUUGAGAAGUAUGGCAGUGUUGAGAGUAUCCAGAUUGUAUAUGAUCGUCAGACUGGGAGGUCAAGAGGCUUUGGAUUUGUCUACUAUGAAAGUAGUGAUGAUGCAAGAGAGGCAAAGCAGUGUACCAACGGUUUAGAAAUUGACAGUCGGCGCAUUCGUGUCGACUACUCCAUUACUAAAAGAGCCCACACACCCACUCCAGGAGUUUAUAUGGGGAAAGCAACACAGCACCGAAACUAUCGCAAGAGUAACUAUGAUGACUACCCUCGGGACAGGGAAUAUUAUUCAAGGGACAGUCAUCGUCAUAGAGAUUACUAUGGCGGUGGUGGAUAUCGUUCCCGCUCUAACUCACCAAGGGGUCGUUACUGAAUCGAGUGAUGCAAGCUGAGUGACAUUGUGUUGACAAAGCCUGUAUGCUGGCAGGCUAUAACUCUACCUAACGCGAUAUUAUAUACAACUUAGGCAGGGAUGAUGUUCUGAAGACCAGACAAUUUAUGUAGGAUAUAUCGAGGAUAUGUGUCAUCACUUUUAGAUACCAUUGGCUAGUAACACGAGCUGGGUUGAUUAGAGGUUGAUAGUCAGGAAUUGAAUAAGCAUCGAGUGAUUGUAGCACCCGAAAAAUAUUGUUUUACAUACUGUCCUUGUGCACUACACUAAAAGCACGUCGAGCAACUGUGAGUUAAAUCUUUGUAGGAAUUUGUUUUUAAGUUUUUUUGUUUUGCUUUUUUUAACUUUGUCAAUCAAACUGUUUAGUGACGCAAGUACUGGAAGAGGACGCAAGUUUGAAGUGAUUCUUGGUUCAAGUUUGCUAUCGCUCAUGUAAUUCUGAUAUCCAGAAGAUUGCAUCAUUGUUAACAUGUGAGAUCUGUAGUACAACGAACUUAUUUUAUUCUCUCAUUUUUAAGGCGCUUUCCGAACGCAUUUAAGACGCGCUGCACAUUCACCGAACCCUGCGAAGGCGCGUUCCAAACGCAAUCUGAAAAUGACAUUUGAUGGUUUAGCUUAAUCAGCACUCUGAUUUAGAUGGACCCUGCAAUUUAGCAUUUUGUUGGUUUCAUUAACCGAAGUCACCGAAAUUUCACCAGAGCAUCUUGGUAUUGUAAAUAUGUCAGUGCUCUUCACGUGUGAGUGACUAAGAUGUGCCACUUUUUGGGUUGACUUUCUAAGGCGUGUUUCACGCAGUAUUUUAGUCAGUUUUUAGCGAAAUAAAGUGCAAUGUUUA